AAGGGUCAUUAAAAAAUGGCCUCGUACGGAGCGUUACACGGUGGGUACAAUCACGCUACUACAAGGAGCUGGCAAAGCAUAAACACGGAAAUAACAACAAAGAACUUGAUAUACCCUUUGUUCAUCACAGAUGAAGUUGAUGCUUUGGAGGAAAUCUCAAGUCUUCCCGGACAGCACAGGAUGGGCAUUAACAAUGUGGAAAAGAUAGUUUCACCCUUGGUGAAGAAAGGACUCAAGUCUGUCUUGCUGUUUGGAGUUCUCUCAAGGCUAAAGAAGACAGAUGAUGCUUGUAAUGCAGACAGUGAAGAUAACCCUGCGAUCUUAGCUAUAAAGAAGAUAUCAUCCUUAUUUCCUGACUUACUGAUCUGCUGCGAUGUUUGUAUUUGUCCUUAUGCGACCCAUGGCCACUGUGGUAUCCUUUAUGAUGAUGGUUCCAUCAACAAUGCAGCAAGUAUCAAAAGGAUUGCUGAAAUAUCUUUAUCCUAUGCUAAGGCAGGCUGUCACGUUGUAGCCCCUUCAGACAUGAUGGACAACAGAAUAGCAGCUAUUAAAGAUAUCUUACACAAGAAUGGUUAUGGAGGAAAGGUUGCAGUUAUGAGCUACAGUGCAAAGUUUGCCUCUGGUUUUUAUGGUCCAUUCAGAGAUGCAGCAAAAAGUGCACCAGCCUUUGGUGAUAGAAGAUGUUAUCAGUUGCCAUCAGGAUCUAAAGGUCUUGCAGCCAGAGCUGUGGAACGGGAUGUUAGGGAAGGAGCAGAUUUUCUUAUGGUCAAACCUGGAAUGGCUUACCUUGAUAUUGUGAGACAAACUAAGGAUAAGUUCCCUGAUUUUCCACUGGCAAUUUACCAGGUUUCAGGGGAGUUUGCAAUGUUGUAUCAUGGAAGUAAGGCAGGAGCAUUUGACUUAAAGACAAUUGUUCUAGAAUGCUUAACAUCUAUGAGAAGGGCAGGUGCUGACAUCAUCAUAACAUACUUUGUUCCACAACUAUUGGACUGGCUGAAAGAAGAUAACUGACCACCAUGUUCCUCUUUUCAGGCA